GGAUGAGGAGAAACUAGGCAUGGCAGUUCAUGCCAGUAAUCCCAGCAGUCUGGGAGGCUGAGACAGGAAGAUCACAAACUCAAGGUCAGCCUGGACAAUUUAGGGAGACUAGGGUCUCAAAAAUAAAAGGGAAUGUAAUAGUGCAAAAGCCCUGAUUUCAAUCUCCAGACCGUAAAAAAAAAAAAAAAAAUCCAAACAAGAGCAGAAACUAAACCAUGUAUGCAAGUUUUGUAGGUCCUAGAACGAGUUACCCGCAGUUCAGAGGGCUAAGGCACAGCUCAGCCGGGGAGGCGUGGUCUGGACGUUGCCCCGCCCUUAGCCUAGCAAUUGGUUAAACACGGGACUACAAACCGGCUCAUCGGGGAUUGCCUACGCCUAUAAUUUUAGGUCGCGGUGCAUUGUGGGGAGCGUAGUGUAACGUCGCGUCAGUUGAGCUCGCUGCACAGUGAGAACGUCGCGGGCUGUGGCGCUUUGCAUCUCGGGAGCCGCAGCAUCAGCUUGUGAGAAGAGGACGGCGGGGCUGUAAAGACGCACCCAACCGGCCUCGCCCGGCCCCUCGUCCCUUGCGGGCCCGGGGACCCGGUGGACCUUCGUAAAAACCGGACGUCCGGCCGCCGCCCUCCCGGGGAUUCCAAGCGCUCACCCAUGCCUGGCUGCGAGCUACCCCAGGGCACCUGCCCGGAUAUGUGCCCGGCCGCCGAGCGCGCCGAGCGCGAAAGGGAGCGCCGCCUGCACCGCCUGGAGGUGGCCCCGGGCUGCCUCAGGGGCCCGCCGCGCGCCGACCCGCAGCGCGCCGUGAAGGAGUACCGCCGGCCGGCCGCCGGCAAGCCCCCGCCCCCGCCCAGCCAACUGCGCCCGCCCUCCGUGCUUCUGGCCACCGUGCGCUACUUGGCCGGCCAGGUAGCGGACUGUGCCGGCGCGACCCGCGCUGAGGUGGCCAGCUUCGUGGCGGACCGCUUGCGUGCGGUGCGGCUGGACCUGGCCUUGCAGGACGCCGGCGACGCCGAGGCCGCGGUGGUGCUGGAGGCCGCACUGGCCACGCUGCUGGCAGUGGUGGCGCAGCUCGGACCGGACGGGGCGCGCGGGCCAGUGGACACCGUGCUGCUGCAGACCCAGGUGCAGGAGAGCUUCGGUUCUCUGCGGCGCUGCUACUCGCAGGGCGGGGGUCCUUACCCCCGCCAGGCCACCUUCCAGGGUCUCUUUCUGCUCUAUAACUUGGGCUCCACAGAAGCUCUUCAAGAGAUCCUGCAACUGCCUGCCCCUCUACGCGCCUGCCCAGCCCUGCGCAAGGCCCUCGCUGUAGACUCUGCUUUCCGGGAAGGCAACACUGCCCGCCUGUUUCGCCUGCUCCGGAGCCUGCCCUACCUGCAGAGCUGUGCCGUGCAGGGCCAUGUGGGCCAUGCUCGCCGCCUCGCCCUCACUCGCCUCACUCGUGCCCUGAGCACCCCCAGGGGACAGACUUUGCCUCUGGGCUUCAUAGUCCACCUGCUAGCCCUGGAUGGGCUCCACGAAGCACGGGACCUGUGCCAGGCACACGGGUUGCCCUUGGACGGAGAGGAGAGGGUUGUGUUCCUCAGGGGUCGCUAUGCUGAGGAAGGGCUGCUGCCUGUGGGGAACUGCCACGUGUUGGUGGGGAGCAAGCUCCGUGGGCGCACCCUGGAGGAGGUGGUCAUGACUGAGGAGCAGGAUGAGGUGGUACACAGACCAGCAUCCCCCACAUCUGGGAGAUGCGCCUCUCCCAGAGGACUGGGUCAGAGUGAUUAGGUUUGUUUUUGUGAUUCCCAGACAAUAAAAUGAACUUGUUUUCUAGGGA